UUAUCUGCUGCUAUUGUUAAUGUUUUGUUGUUUCUCGACUUUCUUCCAUGGUUCAGGGGAUUUUGAUUGAUCAAGCUACCUCUUUUUUGGCUUCUUACUCAUCUGGGUCUGUUUUAAAUUUGCCUUUUCCUUUGUUUCUAGUUUUGGGUACUAAGUUUUUCUGGGUCUUAAGAUUUUCUUUUGGUUCUGUCAUAGUUGAUUCCUGAUAUAGGUGUUUCCCUUCUUUCUUUUCCUUUCCCCACUUUUUAUUGUUCUUAUUUUGUUCUGUUUUGAUGGUUCGGCUUUGGUUCUGGGCGCAGCUUCAGCUGCGCUUUUGACUGUGUUAUCUGAAGAUGGGGGAUCACUUCGUUUUGCUGGUGGAUCGGUUACUCACUGAAUCGACCCUGGAAGCUGCAAUUGAGAGUAGAAACAGGUCUUCACCAGCCAGUCCCUCGGUUGUUGAAGCGACAAGCAAAGAAAUUUCUUCGCCUAGUAUGGAUUUCAAUCAUGGGUCAUCCCCAAGGAAAUUGGUGGAGUGCAGAAUUUGCCAUGAUGAGGACGAAGAUUCAAACAUGGAGACACCCUGCUCUUGCUGUGGUAGCUUGAUGUAUGCUCAUCGCAGAUGCAUCCAAAGGUGGUGCAAUGAGAAGGGUGACACCAUAUGUGAGAUAUGCCACCAGCAAUUUAAGCCAGGCUACACUGCACCACCUAAGUUGUUACGUUAUGGGGCUAUUCCUAUGAACUUUAGGGGUAAUUGGGAGAUUUCCAGAAGGGACCUGCAUAAUCCUCGAUUUAUAGCAAUGGUUGCAACUGACCGUAAUUUCUUGGAUCCUGACUAUAAUGAGUAUUCAGCUGCCACUUCAAGAAGCCUUCUGUGCGGCCGCAUAGUGGCUAUAAUUUUCAUGGUUGUCCUGGUUCUAAGACAUACUCUUCCAAUCGUGGUUAGUGGGGCUGAAGAAUAUUCCAUUCCACUAUUAAUAUUGCUGGUAUUGAGAACUGCUGGGAUUCUUCUUCCAAUCUAUAUAAUGGUGAGAGUAGUAAUGGCCAUACAUCGUCGGCGACAGCAACAGGAGCUUCACAUGUCUAUCACAGAGUCUGAUUGAGAAAAUGAGCAGCAGCCUAAUCUGCAGUUGCAGCCACACUUCAUCCAUGUUCACUAAGCCACUAUACCACUGCCAUGCAAAACAAGUUGAUUUAAAAAAGGAAAAAAGGAAAGAAAUGUUUAAUGAAGGUUAAAGGACAAAAGAAAGAAGUGCUUAAUGAAGGUUAGUUGUUUGAUUCCAAGCAAUGUGAUGUAAAGAAUGCACUAAUCACUAGCUGAGAGAAGGCGAUCAUCAUCAGCCACAAUCAAAUAUGGGAUGAGAAGUGAAUUAGAUGAUUGAAAACAGGAGUUUCUAUCACUCAAUGAUUCACACCUGAUUUCUUGUGACAAAAAGCCAUCAUUCGUCCACUUGGAGAAGAAUUCAGCAAGGGAUCCUUCUUUGGGUGGAUAAUUUUCAGUUGCAAUUCAGUUAGUUUUUCCGAUACAGUCACACAUUCACUCCAUCUGAAAGCUAAAUGUAAAUCACAGUUUCAUCCCCCUGUAUAUAUGUAUAGUCUAUGAGAAAUAUCAGCCACGCGAUUAAAGAUGAAAGGGCUCAAUCUGUAUAUAUUGUCACAUUGAAUUCCCAAAUGAGGUUUGUGAUGCUUGUGGAGCUGUUGUAUUGUUUACACUGUAUUGUAUUAGGGGUUAAAAAAGAAAAGUUAUGGAACUACUCUUGUUAUUAAUGGGAAGGCUUUGUUCUUUGCC